AUUGUUUAAAGCGACAUGUGAUGUAAAUCGCUUUAGGGCCUAUAUUAACUUCCUGAAACGACGAUUGUUAAGUUGUGAGAUUUAUAAACAAAAAGUAAAAUCUAGAGCCAGUUUAUGAAAGAUGUCAACAAAAGAACACAAGGGAGCAAACCAGUACAAUGGAAUAAGAUAUGAACGUGUGGAAUCAACACCACAAAAUGUUAUGACGUCAUAUCCACCGCUGUCCUAUCCCAACCAGCGUCCCCGUUUUUCUCCAAAAUCAAUCCUGGAAGCUUACAUGCUGGCCAUUCCAUUUGGACUUUUGGGAUUUCACCACUUUUACCUCCGCAGACCAGGAUUUGGGAUCCUCUAUUUCUUCACGUUUGGACUUUUGGGAGUGGGCGUUCUCGUGGAUUUCUUCAGGUUGCCAUGUCUGGUAAAUGAUGCAAACAAACGCUUACAAAAUCCACAAUCACCUCCAUCUGAGGACAAGCGUGUAGAUGACGCGUACCUUCUGUGGUUUGUCUUUGGUUUGUUAGGUUUCCAUCAUUUUUACCUGCGUAACAAGAGCUUGGGAUUUCUCUAUUUCUUCACCUGUGGUCUGUUUGGAAUAGGGUGGUUAAUAGACUGUUGUCGUCUGUACUCAGUUGUUCAGAAAACUAAUGAAAAACACAGGAGUGGAAUGGACAAAUUCGAGGAGUUUUCCCUAUUAAUGGCUUACGUUUUGAACAUUCUACCAUUGCCGGGAAUUCUGGGAGCACAUCACUUUUAUCUGGGCCGGUAUUUCUUUGGAAUUGCUUAUUUCUUCACCUUUGGUCUGAUGGGCGUCGGAUGGUUUACAGAUCUAUUUCGGCUACCUUUUCUUGUAAAUCGUGCAAAUGAGAAACUACGAAAUACUAGUUCAGCUCCAAUACCAUCAAAAGUUUACUUAGACGAUGCUUAUAUUCUUUGGUUUCCGUUAGGUUUCCUGGGAUUUCAUCAUUUCUAUUUACGUCGGUACGUGUGGGGAGUUUUGUACUUCAUGUCAUUUGGGUUAUUUGGGAUUGGAUGGAUAGUGGAUUUAUGUCGAAUGCCAAGCUUGGUCAAAGAAUGCAAUGAACGAUUGAUGAUGUUACCUUUCUUAAUUCAUGAUCCAAGAGAGCACGCACCUAAUGUAACAAAUUCUCAAACUCCUGGUGGUAAUGGGGUGCCCGAGCAGCAAGGAGGAUACCAGACACCGCAUAAUGCACUCUACCCAUCAGCUCCGCCCUUGGAUAGUGGAUAUAGUCCACAAACUGGUGGAGGCCCCAAUCCACCGAGGUACAUGGAUCCACCACCACCGUACACGGAGUAAAUAUGAAGUAAGGCUGAUAUGACUUGUUGAGAACAGUGAAUAUACACUGUAUUUCGAUUUAAUAAAUAUUGUGUAUUUUA